UUGAAGAUUUCAACAAAAACGUAGGAAAUCCUUGCGUUGUAUACUUACCAACCCGACAUUACCUGACCUCUAAACCAGCAGAUUUAAAAAUUCUGCUCAAUCACCCAAAUGUUUUAGAAAAAAGCGUCCAAUAUAACGUUAUGAAGUGUGGCUUCAGAGAUAGUUUGCUAAUAACCGAAGUUCCAAAAUGGAAGAAAAAUAGAAAAUUAAUUUCCAAGAGUUUUAAUCAGGAGAUAUUGAAUUCGUUUCUCGAUGUAAUAUAUGAAAAAACUUGUAUUUUAACAAGAAUAUUAGGAAAAUUGAAUUUCAAAGAGAAUAGUAUGUUUGAUUUGUUUAAACAAUACACAUUAGAUACUUUUUGUGAAGCGACAUUGGGAAUUGAAUCUUCAAUUCUAGUAAAUAAUGAGACAAAAUUUGCUGAAGCUAUUUCAGAAGGGCAAAAAUUAGUGAUGUCUCGAGCACUGAAUCCAUUAGAAAUGAAUGAGUUCAUGUUCAACAAUUUCUUUUCAAAAUCUAAAAUCAUUAGAAACUUUCUUGAAUAUAUGAAUGACUUCAUUCAAAAUAUUAUCGAUAAGAAAAGAAUACUGUUAAAUGAAAACAAAUAUGUAUUUAACAAAAAUAAAUUGCCCGUUCUUGAUUUAUUGCUGCAAAAUUAUACAAAGGAGAACCUAAAUGAUGAAUAUAUCCGAAGCGAAAUGCUUCUGUUCGCUGCAGCAGCCACAGAUACAACUGCUUAUACUAUGUCAUAUACGUGUUUACUGUUGGCUAUGAAUCCUAAAAUACAAGAAAAUGUUUACAAAGAAGUUAUGGAGGUUGUUGGAGAGGAUAGAACAAUAGAUUGUAAUACUCUAGUUCAUUUAAAAUACACUGAAAUGGUUAUAAAUGAAGCUUUAAGAUUAAUUCCUGUUAUUCCAUUACUUGGACGACACACAACUGCCGAAAUAAAUUUAGGUGAAAUAGUCAUCCCAGAAAACACAGAAAUAAUUAUAAACAUAUUGAGUUUGCACAGAAACCCGGAAAUUUAUCCGGAUCCCCUGAAAUACGAUCCGGAUAGAUUCCUACCCGAAGAGGUCGCAAAAAGGCCCCAAUACAGUUUCGUACCUUUUUCUGGUGGUCCAAGAAACUGCAUCGGUCAAAAAUAUGCAAUGAUGGUUAUGAAAAUGACUAUAGCAAAUAUUGUGAGAAACUUUAGAAUUUCAACUAAACACAAAUCGAUAGAAGAGUUUAAAUUUGAGUCUAGUGUUGUGAUGAACGUGGCUCAUCCUGUUGACUGUAGUUUUAGUUUCAGAUAAUUUAUUAAUAAUAAAUGGUACUUGUAAAUUUAUUUAAUAAAUAUUUCUGGUCA